UCUGUCACGUAGAGGUGUGGCUACCAGCAGCGCAGCAUUGUUUGAGAGGAGUUGAGAUGGUAGUAGCGCUUGCUUAGUUAAGAAAUUGUUGAGCAUCGCCGUCCGGAACGCAACGCAACGCAUGAGAUUAGAGAGUGAUCUGCAGCAAAAGAAGACAAUACUUCUGCCGGAACAAGAACGCGACUUGAAGUGAAAUACGUUUUAGAAGUGAAUGGAAUUACACAAGUGUAGGCUAUGUCACCGAUCGCCUUUUAGGGAAUUCAUCAGGAUAAUUGUCUAAAACCACUGGUGAGCUGUGGUAGGAGGGGAAGACCAUGCAUACGACUGCUGUUUGCUCUGAGGAAAACCGUGGAAACUGAUCAAGAUGGGAAACUCUGACAGCCUAUACAGCAUUCCAGGGCCUAAGGGUAACGGUUUAAUAUUUCCCAGGAAGCAGAAGUCUUGCUCCCUAAGGUUCCGCUCAGCCAAAGAGGAGGCCCUGUCCCCCCACAGCUGGUGGAGGAGCAGGGAAGUGGGCGCAGGUUACAAGUCCAGGGCUGCGGGGAGGGGCUGUCUAUCCCAAAACAAGCCCUGCCAGCCCUAUGCCUCCCACCACUAUGACUAUGUAAGCAAUGGGGGCAAGGCCACAGCUAAUAGCAGACAGUGGACAAGCUGUACCCAAGAAAAUGGGUACCACUACGGCUACAACCAGCUCACGCAAGGAAGUUGCUACAAGGCAGCGGGUAACGGCCACGCCGUGAAUGGGUACGGGCCGCUCGAGAGGACGCAGGGCUCCGUGUGGGAACCCAUGGAGGACAAGAGCAGCCCGAAGGUGCUUCUGAGUGAAGACGGCAGUUUGAGGGUGGAGUUCACCAACACUAGCUCCAAGCCAGCACUGGACAGCUUAUGUGGCUGGGGCGGGUCAGAAGGGUCAGAGGAGUCAGGCGGGCCAGUGCAACUGCUCAAAUACUCCCCUACUUUAGAGAUCACGACUGCCCCCGGCCGUCCCGAGGCCCCGACCGACUCCACCCUCAGAACUAGCCAGGGCAGCUCCCUGAGCUCAGACUGCUCCUGGUACGACUCGCCCUGGGGGAACGGAGCGGAGCUCAGCGAUGCCGACAACACCUGCUCCUCUGGCCAGACUACGGACCACAGUGGCACGGUCGACGCUCGCUGCCCUGGCCAACCCGAGGACCACAGCAAUGUAGCUAAUACCCGCUCCUGUGCCUGUUCUGAGGAACCCAACACGGGGAACUCUGUGGUUCUGCAGGAGGAAUUGAGCGGGUUUCACAAGUGCUUGACCAUGCCGGUGUCCAGCUCGGACCUCCACAGGGACUCGAGGAAAGGCUCCACGUUCCCCGCCUCCAAGUCGUCUCACACCCUGGGCGUGAUGUACGGCCUACAGCGCACCUCUGUCGCGUCCAUCCCGGACGAGCCCCUCGAGGAGGACUGCCACGGCGCCCGGCGGUACUCCUCCUACACCCUGCCCUGCCGCAAAGCCAGGCCCGUCGUCGAGAGCAACAGCCGAAAGGACGCGCUCAAGAGCCGUAUCAGGCGCAUCAGCGACUGGACAGGAAGUCUCAGCAGGAAGAGGAGGAAGCUGCAGGAGCCCAGGGGCAGCGAGGCCGGCGACUGUUUAGACAGCGGAGUGGACGGGCUGACGGCGGACACCGUCUCCCAGGUGUCCAGCCUGCUGUGGCACCCCGCCGGCCCCGCCCCGGCCCCGCCCGCCCGCCGCAGGUCGUCCAACGGCCCACUCGGCAGCUACGGCAACGGCGACGCCCUGCGGCAGAACAUCUACGAGAGCUUCAUGCGGGAGCUGGAGACGGGCCGGGGGGCCGAGGAGCGGCCCGAGCCCUCGGAGGGCACGGCGGAGUCCAGCGCCGAGUCACGCGGCUCCCUGGAGCAGCUGGACCUGCUGCUGGAGAAGGAGCAGGGCGUGGUGCGACGGGCUGGCUGGCUCUCCUUCAAACCCCUCCUCACCCUGAGCAAGGACCGGAAGCUGGAGCUCGUCACCCGCCGCAAGUGGAAGCAGUACUGGAUCACGCUCAAAGGCUGUACACUUCUGUUUUAUGAGACGUACGGGAAGAACUCUCCGGAACAGGAGCUCUCUCCGUGCUACGCCCUCUUCGCCGAGGACAGCGUCGUGCAGGCUGUCCCUGAGCAUCCCAAAAAGGAGAAUGUCUUCUGCCUGAGCAACGCCUACGGGGAUGUGUACCUGUUCCAGGCCAGCAGCCAGCCGGACCUGGAGAACUGGGUGACGGCGCUGCACUCGGCCAGCGCCUCACUCUUCGCCAAGCGGCACGGGAAGGAGGACACGGUGCGGCUGCUGAGGAGCCAGACGCAGGGCCUGCUGCAGAAGAUCGACAUGGACGGCAAGAUGAAGAAGAUGGCCGAGCUGCAGCUCUGCGUCGUCAGCGACCACAAGAACAGGAAGGCCAUCGAGAGCCAGAUCCAGCAGUGGGAGCAGAACCUGGAGAAGUUCAACGUGGAUCUGUUCCGCCUGCGCUGUUACCUGUCCAGCCUGCAGGGCGGUGAGCUUCCCAACCCCAAGAGCCUGCUGGCCGCCGCAAGCCGGCCCUCCAAAAUGGCCCUGGGGCGUCUGGGUAUCUUCUCUGUGUCUUCCUUCCAUGCCCUGAUCUGCUCCCGGGAUGAGGCCACGCUGCGGAGGCGCUCCCGGUCCGUCUCCCAGGGGGUCCGGAGCAAAAGGCGGCUCUUCUCCUCCCUGAAGGGGCUGGACAGCCUGACCAGGCGGGGCCGAGAGAAGAGGCAGCCCGCCUCACAGAUUUUCGAGGGCAGCGGCGGAGGGCAGCUCAGCCAUCUUCCUCCGAACAGCUCAGAGAGAUUGGACGGCUUGGUCAAUCAGUGCCCAACAGCACCACCUGAAGGCAGUCACUGGGACAUCAGCUUGGAGACCCAGACCUGCGUGUUAAUGCCAGACCAACAGGUCCUCUCUGUGGCUGUGAAACAGGAGCACUGCAUCGAGGAUGUUCUGUCCUUAGCCUGCAAGCUGAAGCAGCUGGACCCCAGCCAGCACUGCGUGCGUCUGCGCAGACGGGCGGGGCCGAACACAGAGGUCAGCACGCCUGCACCCAAGGACCUUGUGCAAGAGCUGUCAUACGAUGAGCUGGAGGUCCUGCCCCUGAACGUGUACACCUUAUGCAUGUCACGACAGGACGGCACCACAGACUUCGGCUUCGCUGUCACGGGCCACGUGGACGGAUUUGGAAACAGCCGCGUCUUUGUCAGCGAGGUGCUCCCGGAGGGACUGGCCUUCGCCGAGGGACUACGAGCUGGGGAUGAGAUCCUGGUUCUGAACGGGAAGGGCGUGUCCACACUGGACCUGGGCCUGAUGCAGGGGCUUUUCAGCGAGCAGAUGCUAAACCUGACCCUCCGUCGAGAAGACACGGCCCCCGGCGACCAGGGAUCCGACCCCGGCGACCCCUGCCCUCCAGCCCCGCCCCCCAGCCAAUCCCAGCUCUUGGAGGAGUUCCUGGACCAGCACGGCAGCAAGCACACACCCGCAGAUAUGUCUCGGGUCACAGAUGUCUCCAGCGGAUCUGUUGGGCCCUGCUCUGUGGAUGGUUUGGUGAAUUCUCAAGCCAGUGUCGGGAAAGACCACAACAAGAAGACUGUAGAGACGGGCUGUACCCUGUACCAGACAUUCCAGGAGAGCCCAGCCGAGGUACAGAGGGACCCCCCUGACCCCCCGCGGCCCUGCCCCCGCCACAUGUCCGUCACCGAGAGGCUGCGCAAGGUCAUCCAGGAGCUGGUGGACACGGAGAAGUCCUACGUCAAGGACCUGAGCUGUCUGUUUGAGGUUUACCUGAAACCCCUGCAAGAAGAGCCCUUUCUCAGCCUGGAUGAGAUGGAGUCUCUGUUUGGCAGCCUGCCCGAGAUGCUGGACUUCCAGAGGGUCUUCCUGCAGACGCUGGAGGAGCGCAUAGCCUCGUCCCCAGACUUCAGCACCCUGGAGACCCCUGGGCAGUUCAAGAAACUUCUUUUCUCAUUAGGUGGCUCCUUUCUCUACUACGCUGAUCAUUUCAAACUCUACAGCGGGUUUUGUGCCAACCACAUCAAGGUCCAGAAAGUUCUGGAGAGAGCCAAGACGGACCGGGCCUUCAAGGAGUUCCUGGAGGCGAAGAACCCCACAAAGCAGCACUCUUCCACUCUGGAGUCGUACCUGAUCAAACCGGUCCAGAGAGUGCUGAAGUACCCGCUGCUGCUGAGAGAGCUGGUGUCUCUGACCGACAGCGACAGCGAGGAGCACUACCACCUCACAGAAGCCCUGAAGGCCAUGGAGAAGGUAGCCAGCCACAUCAACGAGAUGCAGAAAAUUUACGAGGAUUACGGCACGGUGUUCGACCAGCUGGUGGCGGAGCAGAGUGGACCAGAGAAGGAGGUCACGGAGAUCUCCAUGGGAGAGUUCCUCCUGCAUGCCUCCGUCGUCUGGCUGAACCCCUUCCCCUCGCUGGGUCGCAUGAGGAAAGAUCCGGAACUCACGGUGUUCGUGUUCAAGAAAGCCGUGAUACUGGUCUACCGAGAGAGCAACAAGCUGAAGAAAAAGAUGGCCACCACACGAUCUGCCUUCUCCAACGGCGACCUCGAUCCCUUCAAGUUCCGCUGGCUCAUACCCCAGUCUGCGCUGCAGGUGCGGCUGGGGAACGCCACAGGGACGGAGGGUAACUGCAUGUGGGAGCUGAUCCACACCAAGUCAGAGCUGGAGGGCAGGCCGGAAACCGUGUUCCAGCUGAUGAGCAGCGCCCCGGAGUCCAAGGCCAACAUCGUGAGGGUCAUCCGCGGCCUCCUCCGCGACAGCGCCAGGAAGAACAUGACGGCAGACAAGGCGUGCAGGGAGCGCUUCGCACCACCGCGGGGCGCUGUGCCAACGUCUGCCAGGAUAGGUUCCUCCCGGUCCUCCUGGCUGUCCAAGCGGUCUUCUCCCCCCACCCCCGCCCACACGGACACGGCCAAGGGCGGGCGGCGGGACUCCGACGAGGGCAGCCUGGGCAGCGGCGGUCACCCGGGAGACGACCCCGGCGGCCCCCGGCACAGCCCCAGCCUGAAGGAGGCGGACCGCGAGGAGGCGGACGCCAUCGAGGCUCUCCUCCAGAGACUGCACAUCGCGGAGAAAGAGCCCCCGCCCGCCCAGACGCAGGCCGAAACGCAGCCCGAACCGGACAGGAGGGGCAGCAGCCCGAGCGGGGGGCAGGAAGACUCCCCCUAUGGGGACCUCAACGCGCUUCUGGAGAGGGACUUCAGCGUUCAGAGCCUGGCGUCGGUGAUUAACGAGGACUGCUUCUUCAGCACGGCCGAGAGCAUGGAGAGGACCACUGUCCCCACCCUAUAGGGCUGAACCAUGGGAGGGGGGCUGUCACUGCUCAGAGAGCAGAGUUUCAACUGGUCACCUAUCCCAUGAGGCACCUGUGCUGGACAAUAUGGGCACACCUCAGUGUAUCCACCAAUGGGCCAGGGCUGGAACCUCCUCCGCUUUCGACCUGAAGGGAGCAGGUCACUCUUCCCCGGGCUCUGCCUUGUUGCACCUUGUACAUUAUCUGCCUGCAUUUUAUAACACAUGUACUCUGUUUUUACUCCGAUUUUUUUAAAAGCUCUUUUUUAUUUAUUGAUAGGUAUAUUUUUUAUUUACUGUUACGCUCAGUUUGUCUGAGGAGACAAUUAAGGAAAAAAUUGAAGAAUUUGAUCAAAACAGAUUUGCUGUUUAGUAUUUUGUGUUUUCACACGUUCUCAAUAUUCAGAGACAUUGCUUGUUCAAAGCAACGUGAUUUAAAUUGCUGUUCAGCUUGGCUAAGGAAUACAACCUCCUUUAGGGUGAUGGACUUAUGCAUCUUUCUAUGAAAAUGAAGGAAAAACUGUAUAUUUUUUCAGAAUGGCUGUACUGUAACUUAAUACUAGCAUUUUAUAUUAUUUAGACACUUAAUGUACAGAUGAUUUUUCCCUCUCUUUUACUGCUUUGUGCUUUCUCCAUUAAACAUCACUGUAAAUCUGCCUUUAAAGCUAGCAUACCAAUGAAUGUGAAUGUCAUUUUUUAUUUAUUUUAAAUGUCUUUUUUAUUGAAUAUUACUAUGAAUACAUUUGUUGUCUGUAAGCAAUUGUAUGUUGAGGAUAAGAAUAUAAUGAUACUUUUUUUUUAAAUAAAUUGCUGUUUUAAGGCAGUCAUUUUGUA